UUCUCUCCUCCCUAUUUUUUUUCUCUCCUUCCCAUUUUCUUUCAUUCCUACCAAACAUAGCGCCGACUCGGAACGGUCGAGAACAGGAGGGAAUCAUCUUGGCCGCUUGGCCGACCUCACACCACAUUUCUUCUUCUUCUUGACUCCUAUUCGUUUAUGGUUUAUGGUGUAUGCUCUUGCUCAAUGUCACUCUCGAUAGCUUAGCACCAUGGCCAUGGGAGUACCAAGCCUAAAAAAUGAGUUCAGAUACUUGUCAAGGUCUCGUCUUCUCUUUUCUCUCAUUUUUCAUAUCCCACAGCCACACACAGCCUCACCUCUGCCCUUUCCAGCUAUUUUCUUGGAUUUAGAUCAGUUUCGAUCAAAUUCUUUGUGUAAUCUGCCAAACUCUUUGAUUUCCUCAUCUGGGUCCUUCUCAGUUUCUGCUCCCAAAUUCUCAAUAUUUGGUCAUGGAAUCGAAUUGGUGAGCCCUCGCCGCUGUAAGGGUUUGAGGCCAUUCUCAGCUUCGUCAAGCAAAGAGCUCUCGAAUUCUGGAACGCUGAAAAGGCCGAGUUCAGCUGAGAAUGCGUGCGUGAGGAAUCCCGGUCCUGAAAGAACCAGAUCGAAAGCGUUUUGGAAGAAAGCUUGGGAAAUUGUUGAUUGGAUUAAAGGGGGUGAGAAUGAUUUGGAGUUCAAAUUGAAUGGGGUCAAUGUAAGUCUAUCUAAUGCUCUCAUCACUCUGAUUUUGCAGUUAUUAAAUUCUGAGAAAGUUUCUGCUUUGCGUUUCUAUAACUGGAUUAAAGAUUCAAGACCUGGUCUUGGUCGUAAUUAUGAUAUUUGUAGUUUGAUAGUUGAUAAUUGUGGAAGGUUAAGUGAUUACGAGACAAUGACUUGUACUUUGAAUGAGUUUAGUAAAAAAGGAAUUUGCUUGACUCAAAAUGCAUUUUGGUUCAUACCGGAGUUGACCUCAAAUGGGGGCUCUCUCAAGAAUUACGUGAGUGAAGUUGUAAUGAUAUUGAAUGGAGUUGGUGGAACAUGUAGAUCUUCUGGAGUUGGCUCUUUGAUUCAGAUGUUUAGCAGCUUAGGCUCAUUUAAAAUGGCCAAGUUUGUAAUGGAGAUAACAGAGAUGAACACGACUUAUUACAAUAUCAUGAUUAAAGAAACAUGUCGCAGAUGUGAUAUUGAAGGUUCAAGAGCUCUAGUUCAUGAAAUGAGGCAACUGGGUUGUAAACCAAAUGUCACAAGUUACAAUCUUUUUCUUAGUAACUUGUGUAAGAGUGGUGAACGUGCUGAAGAAUUACUUAAAGAAAUUAAAGCAAUGGAUUGUUCUCCUAAUGAAUUAACCUUUGAGAUUAUUAUUUCCCACUUGUGUGAAGUUGGGCAGUUUGAUUUAGCCAUAGAGCUUUUGGAUAACAUGAUGUUACGAGGACUUAAACCUCGGCUUACAACACAUGCUGUCUUUGUCAGGGGUUACUUUAAAGUGCGUAGAUAUGAGGAGGCACAUAAGUAUGUGGUUGAUGCAUGUUUUAAGCAUAGUUACUCGAGCAAUGUAGUUUACAGCUUGCUUGCAGAUCUUUAUCUAAAUCAAAAAGAUUUGGUCAGUGCCCAAACUGUUAUCUCCGAGAUGAUUGGAAAGGGUCUUAGGCCAAGUAUUCGUGUUUAUAUGACACUGUUGAAAGGUCUCCAGAGUAUGGGCAGGGAUGACGAGGCUAGAGAUUUAGAGAAGAGAUUCUCUAGUCUUGAUUUUAAGGACAGAAUUACAGAAACGGGAUAAUUCUAUGUUGACGGAGUGAUUUAUACAGACAUGUAACCUUUUCAUUCUCAGAGUUUUUAUAUGGGCGGGAGCUUCUCAUUUAUGGAUUAACUGGUCAAAUUUACUACCGUGGAACAUCGUAUGGCUGAAACAAAAGUGUCUGAGAGCUUUUUGGCUGAAGUUGUACAGAUGAGUUUUAGUUUCCCAUUCUAUAUCUAAAAUAGAACAAUUCAUCGAGUUCCAGGUUUUUGGACCGUCCUAGAAGUGAGGCACCUAUAACAAGAGGUAUACUCAACAUAGUAAGAACUUUUUGAAUGACCUAAAGACACGCAGAAGUCCCUUUUUGUAGUGAUCUAUACUUCUAUCACAAUUCUUUGGCGUAAAUAUAUCUCCAUAUUUUACAGCUAAGAAGAAUUCGUAUCCCUGAUUUUUGUAAUUCGACUUGUUGGUCUGUACAAAGAAGCUUUUUCCAUUACAUCUCAUAUUGAAUCAUCAAGUCUUCUAGACUUUACAAGAUGCACCUCUCAGUUUCGCCAUCUAUAAAUGCUAGAUGUUAACAGACAGUUAUUCCUAGUAGUUUCCAAUUUCAUCUCCUCGUACCAAAUAUCAGUUUUUCUCCUAUGACUUUCAUCGUAUUAUUGGCUUUAUGCUGAUUGACGUGUCUGUAUCUCAAAUCCUGAAAAAGCUUUCCAUUCAUAACUGACGUUUGUGGUC